AUGGCCCGCCGGCCGAUUCAAUUCGAUUGGAACAAGUCAACGCCCCAAUUUUCCUCGCGGCCAACGACCAUCCCGACGUACUUCCCGUCUGCUCCGCCGCAUGUGUCCAGCUCCCCUGAAUAUUUCGAUCGUCUCGCGCCGGAGACGCUGUUCUUCCUCUUUUACUACUCGGAGCGCAAAACCACACCUCACGAAAUCACGGACACGUUUGAAAAGGGUACGUACAUCUACUGGGACUGCGAGGCAUGGAACUACGGGCAGCGCGAGGACUUUUGCUUUGAGUACCGCUACCUUGAGGAUGAGGAUCAGUUGUUCUGCGCGACGAUCGCCGUCACUGGAAGCAAGGCCGACGUGCUGGCGUCGACGACCGACUUCAUUCGGUCUACGAAGUGCCUGGGCAUCGACAACUUGUGCAAGCAGUUCGAAGAGCUGAAGACCUACGUGCCGGCCAACCCAGCGGCCACGGCGUUUGAAGCGAACCGCGUCAAGAACCGCUACAUGGACAUCCCCUGCCUCGACGAGACGCGCGUCAAGCUCACCAUUGAAGAUAAGGAGCGCGAAGGCGAUUACAUCCACGCCAAUUGGUGCAAGAUACCAGACGGGCCGACGUUCAUCGCUGCCCAGGCGCCGCUCGACACCACCAUCGGCGAUUUCUGGCGCAUGUGCUGGGAGCAUGAAGUCGUCAACAUAGUCCAACUGACGAAGUUGCAGGAGGGCGACAAGAUCAAGUGCUCGGCGUACUGGCCCACCGAACCCGGCGAUCACAUGAACCCGUCCGGCUGGUUCGUCAACAACAAGAAGAAGGAGGACAAGGGCGGCUUCAACACGCUGACCAUCGAGCUGCUGCCGAACGGCUGCUCGAACAGUCGGAUGUUGCGCAUCAUCCAGUGCCUCGAUUGGCCGGACAAGGGCGUGCCGGCUGGCCACCGGGAGAUCCUCCGCCUUCUCCGCGUCGUCGCCGACGGUGACGUGCUCAAUCCGGGACAGACGUUGAUGCACUGCUCGGCGGGCAUAGGCCGCACCGGCAGCCUGAUCCUCACCAGCUGGGCCCUCUCCAGGCUUUACGCCGGCAAGCGCAUCGACAUGAAGCAGUUGCUGCAAACACUGCGCGACCAGCGAGCGCUCGCCGUCCAGAGCACCAGCCAAUAUCUAUUGGUGUUCCUCAGCUGCGUCGAAUACAUCACGAAGAAGGGCACGGUGCCGGCGAGCGACACGGCCACCCUGAUCACGGACCUGCGCAACGCCAUGAACGCGAUGCAGACGCUGCCGGCCACCAGCCAC